AUGAACUCGAAGGUGCGGAGAGCCUUGCGGAAGGUGCGCCAGCGCGAGGAGUUCGCCGCGGCCCUCGAGACGGGCCGGUGGUCGAGCAGCGCGCGGCACAUGCUCAAAGGCAAGAGGGGCCGAGGCUUGUGGCAAGAGCUCACCAACCCAAAGGGGCUGAGCAGCGCCUUCGCCGCCGCUCUCUGCGCGCGGCUCGGCCUCACUCCCGACGGGCUCGCGGCGGCGCUGCAGCGCGCCGCCGCGGCGGAGCCGCCCGUGAAGAAGGCUGCGGAGGCGGAGGCGAGGCCGGCCGAGCCUGGCGCGGGAGGGGGAGGGGGACGGGCGGGCGGCGCCUCCUCCUCGCCGCGGUGUGGGGACGAGCCGCGCCUGCCGGUGGCGGGAGGAGGGUGGGUGGAGGCGUCCGCUUUGCCGCCGUGGCGGGGCGAGGAGGAGCCGCCGGAUCCGCCGCCGCAGCGGCCGCCGCUGACCGCGCGGCCGGUGCCGGAGGAGCGCUUCGCCUCGCUGCUGCCCGAAGGGCUGGCGCCGCGUCCCGCGGGCGUUGGGCCAACCGAGCAGGGCCCCCCCGCGCCGGCGACCGCGCUGGUGGGAGACUGGGCGGAGCUGCGGGCAGCGAUGCCGCGGUGCGUCCCCCACGGCUGGAAAAAUGCGCGGAGGAUGGCGGAGUUCAUCGAGCGCAAGCAGGCGGGGCUGCCGAGGACCCCCCUACCCGAGCGGGCGGCGGUGGGCGACGGGCGGGACGUGAACGCCACGAGCGUCAUCUAUCUGGUGAAGGAGGUGCUGCGGGCGCAGGCGCGCGUGGAGGGCGUCGAGCAGGGGAGGUACAGCGAGAGGCUCAAGCAGAAGGUGCUGAAGAGGGUGAGGGGCGGCGGCUCUUCCUCGAGCCCUACGAGAACCGCACGGUUCGUCUUUCGGCUCGAGGACACGGGCACCGGCAGGACCUUCGAGGCGGCGAGCACAACGCUGCGCGACGCAAAGGCGCUCGAGCUCUCCGCAGCGGGGUCCGCGUUCAUGCAGUGCUACGAUCACUGGCGGGCGAGUGCCGCCGCCGCCGAGGAGGGAGGCGAGGAGGGCACGCCUUUCGGCGAGGGGGGUGGCUGCGGGGGCGUUGUGACGCCCAGCCUCGAGGCGCUCGAGGCGGGUUGGGACAGCGCUGCGCGGUGGGAAGAGGGGCAGAGGGCAGCGCUGCACGGAACCAUGAAGCUGCCGAGAACGGAGCGCCCUCUCGAAAAGGCGAACGCGAAGAACAUAGCCUGGCUCGAACUGGACACCAAAACGCGGUACCAUGGGUGGACCGGCGAGACAGAAAAGAGUUUUUAA